AUGUUCUCCUCGCCAACCGGGCAAUCGGGGACGGGCGCCAACUCCAGCCUCGCAGCCGGCCCCUCGUCCUCGCCCCUACCGAAGAGGAAGGGCUCAACCGAGGAGAUGGCUGAGGAGGCUGAAGUAGCGCGCAUGCGCGCCGCUCUAGACAACGCGGAGAGGGGCAUGUACGGCGAAGACCCUACUCUCCCGACUCCUCUCAACACGCUUCGUAAGCGCUUAGGUGCACUCAUCAGCGAGACCAACCUCUCGCCCAACCGCGUUGUCGACCGAGGGGUGACCUACAGCUCGUCGCGAGCGCGCUUCUCUCUCAACAUCGACUUCACCACCUUCCUGGAGGAUGUGGUGAGUAGCACGCAAGCUGUGAUGGACUUACUUUACACAGCCCUGCAAGAGGACGACGAGAACCCCGCGAAAGGCUGGCAGUUCGACCCGGGCGGCACUCUCUUCAAGGGGCUCACGGAGGCGCGUUCGAUCCGUCCAUCGCAAGUACCGCGAGCGCAUCGAGGCAAAGCUGGAGAAGAGGGGUCCGAUCCUCUUGUCGCCUCUCUCCACGCCGCGCUCCGUCUACGGCGAGAUGCGGAACUUUGA